GCCGGUCUGGGAUGUACCUUUCCAUCUGUUGCUGUUUCCUCCUAUGGGCUCCUGCCCUGACACUCAAAAACCUGAACUACUCAGUGCCGGAGGAGCAAGGGGCCGGCACGGUGAUCGGCAACAUCGGCAAAGAUGCUCGCCUGCAGCCGGGGCUUCCGCCCGCAGAGCGAGGCGGCGGUGGCGGCGGGCGAAGCAAGUCCAGCAGCUAUCGGGUGCUGGAGAACUCGGCGCCGCACCUGCUGGACGUGGAAGCGGACAGCGGGCUCCUCUACACCAAGCAGCGCAUUGACCGCGAGUCUCUGUGCCGCCACAACGCCAAGUGCCAGCUGUCCCUCGAGGUGUUCGCCAAUGACAAGGAGAUCUGUAUGAUCAAGGUAGAGAUCCAGGACAUCAACGACAACGCUCCCUCCUUCCCCUCGGACCAGAUUGAGAUGGACAUCUCAGAGAACGCGGCCCCGGGCACCCGCUUCCCUCUCACCAGUGCGCACGACCCCGACGCCGGCGAGAACGGGCUCCGCACCUACCUGCUGACGCGCGACGACCACGGCCUGUUCGCGCUGGACGUCAAGUCCCGCGGCGACGGCUCCAAGUUCCCAGAGCUGGUUAUCCAAAAGGCGCUAGACCGCGAGCAGCAGAACCAUCACACGCUGGUGCUGACCGCCCUGGACGGCGGCGAGCCGCCGCGCUCCGCCACGGUGCAGAUCAACGUGAAGGUGAUUGACUCGAACGACAACAGCCCCGUCUUCGAGGCGCCCUCCUACCUGGUGGAGCUGCCCGAAAACGCCCCGCUGGGCACCGUGGUCAUUGAUCUGAACGCCACCGACGCCGACGAGGGUCCCAACGGCGAAGUUCUCUACUCUUUCAGCAGCUAUGUGCCCGACCGCGUGCGGGAGCUCUUCUCCAUCGACCCCAAGACCGGCCUGAUCCGGGUCAAGGGCAACCUGGACUAUGAGGAGAACGGGAUGCUGGAGAUCGACGUGCAGGCCAGAGACCUGGGCCCCAACCCCAUCCCGGCCCACUGCAAGGUCACGGUCAAGCUCAUCGACCGCAAUGACAACGCGCCGUCCAUCGGUUUCGUCUCCGUGCGCCAGGGGGCGCUGAGCGAGGCGGCCCCGCCCGGCACCGUCAUCGCCCUGGUGCGGGUCACCGACCGAGACUCGGGCAAGAACGGGCAGCUGCAGUGCAGGGUCCUGGGAGGAGGCGGGCCGGGCGGCGGCGGCGGCCUGGGCGGCCCGGGGGGCUCCGUGCCCUUCAAGCUGGAGGAGAACUACGACAACUUCUUCACGGUGGUGACCGACCGCCCGCUGGACCGCGAGACCCAGGACGAGUACAACGUGACGAUCGUGGCGCGGGACGGGGGUUCGCCUCCACUCAACUCCACCAAGUCGUUCGCCGUCAAGAUUCUGGACGAGAAUGACAACCCGCCUCGCUUCACGAAGGGGCUCUACGUGCUGCAGGUGCACGAAAACAACAUCCCGGGAGAGUAUCUGGGCUCGGUGCUGGCCCAGGACCCCGACCUGGGCCAAAACGGCACGGUGUCCUAUUCCAUCCUGCCGUCGCACAUCGGCGACGUGUCCAUCUACACCUACGUGUCCGUGAACCCCACCAACGGGGCCAUCUACGCCCUGCGCUCCUUUAACUAUGAGCAGACCAAGGCGUUUGAGUUCAAGGUGCUUGCUAAGGACUCCGGGGCUCCCGCGCACUUGGAGAGCAACGCCACGGUGAGGGUGACGGUGCUAGACGUGAAUGACAACGCUCCGGUGAUCGUCCUGCCCACGCUGCAGAACGACACGGCCGAGCUGCAGGUGCCGCGCAAUGCCGGCCUGGGCUACCUGGUGAGCACCGUGCGCGCCCUCGACAGCGACUUCGGCGAGAGCGGGCGCCUCACCUACGAGAUCGUGGACGGGAACGACGACCACCUGUUUGAAAUCGACCCAUCCAGCGGCGAGAUCCGCACGCUGCACCCCUUCUGGGAAGACGUGACGCCAGUGGUGGAGCUGGUCGUGAAGGUGACGGACCACGGCAAGCCCACCCUGUCCGCGGUGGCCAAGCUCAUCAUCCGCUCGGUGAGCGGCUCCUUGCCCGAGGGCGUUCCUCGGGUGAACGGCGAGCAGCGCCACUGGGACAUGUCGCUGCCGCUCAUCGUGACCCUGAGCACCAUCUCCAUCAUCCUCCUAGCGGCCAUGAUCACCAUCGCUGUCAAGUGCAAGCGCGAGAACAAGGAGAUUCGCACUUACAACUGCCGCAUCGCCGAGUACAGCCACCCGCAGCUGGGCGGGGGCAAGGGCAAGAAGAAGAAGAUCAACAAGAACGAUAUCAUGCUGGUGCAGAGCGAGGUGGAGGAGAGGAACGCCAUGAACGUCAUGAAUGUGGUGAGCAGCCCCUCCCUGGCCACCUCCCCCAUGUACUUCGACUACCAGACGCGCCUGCCGCUCAGCUCGCCGCGGUCCGAGGUGAUGUAUCUCAAACCGGCCUCCAACAACCUGACUGUUCCCCAGGGCCACGCGGGCUGCCACACCAGCUUCACCGGGCAAGGGACAAACGCGAGCGAGACCCCAGCCACGCGGAUGUCCAUAAUUCAGACAGACAAUUUUCCCGCAGAGCCCAAUUACAUGGGCAGCAGGCAGCAGUUUGUUCAAAGUAGCUCCACGUUUAAGGACCCAGAAAGAGCCAGCCUGAGAGACAGUGGGCACGGGGACAGUGAUCAGGCUGACAGUGACCAAGACACUAACAAAGGCUCCUGCUGUGACAUGUCUGUUAGGGAGGCGCUCAAGAUGAAAACGACGUCAACUAAAAGCCAACCACUUGAACAAGAACCGGAAGAGUGUGUUAAUUGCACAGAUGAAUGCCGAGUGCUUGGUCAUUCUGACAGGUGCUGGAUGCCACAGUUCCCUGCAACCAAUCAGGCUGAAAAUGCAGAUUACCGCACAAAUCUCUUUGUACCCACAGUUGAAGCGAAUGUUGAGACCGAGACUUAUGAAACUGUGAAUCCCACUGGGAAAAAGACUUUUUGUACAUUUGGAAAAGACAAGCGAGAGCACACGAUUCUCAUUGCCAAUGUGAAACCUUAUUUAAAAGCCAAACGUGCCCUGAGCCCUCUCCUCCAAGAGGUCCCUUCAGCAUCAAGCAGCCCGACCAAGGCGUGCAUCGAGCCUUGCACUUCCACAAAAGGCUCCCUGGAUGGUUGCGAAGCAAAGCCAGGAGCCCUGGCCGAGGCGAGCGGCCAGUACUUGCCCACUGACAGUCAGUAUCUGUCCCCCAGCAAGCAGCCAAGAGACCCUCCCUUCCUGGCCUCUGAGCAGAUGGCAAGGGUCUUCGCAGACGUGCAUUCGAGAGCCAGCCGGGAUUCCAGCGAGAUGGGCACCGUCCUGGAGCAACUUGACCACCCCGGCCAGGAUCUGGGCAGAGAGUCGGUGGAUGCAGAGGAGGUCGUGAGGGAAAUCGACAAGCUUCUGCAGGACUGCCGGGGAAAUGACCCUGUGGCUGUGAGGAAGUGAAGAAGAACAAAAGGCAUUGGCAUCUUCCUGUUUCUUCUUUUGAUUGAAAACUGAUCCCUCCUGGUGACAACCCCGUUUUACAGGGAUGAAGAAAGACCCAUGCUGUUUUCAGGCUCUUAGUGAACAUCUGAAGUGCCCACGAGUACGUUCUUUUCACUGCUGUUUCUUUUUCAGAGAUAACGAUGGUUUUGUUCUGACCAGAAUUAUAUUAGGACAGAAUUAACAGAAGCUCAAAGAGGAAAGACAAACAGAGAAGAAAAAGGAGAGGAGAUAAAAGAGGAUGAUGAAGCAAGUUACCUUUUGACAAUCUGUUAGGAAGGUAUGCAGUGUGAGAAUGGAAGAUUUUUUCUGAUUGCUCUAAGACUGUCCUCCAUGAUUAAUGCUGACUUAACUGUUUACCUAUAAACCCCAUACAAAGCAGGGUCAUAAUAUUUGAUCUGUGGUAGAAUUUCUAGCAGUCACCACAGGCUUCUACUGAACGUCCCGAAAAGACCUUGCAGUAGUCCAAGCUACACCAAACAUUAACACAUAUUUGUGGUAAACAUUUCUGUAUAAAGUUACCUGCCACACAUAUAAACACAGAGAACAUUCCAUAUCAUUAGUCAAAAAAAAUUAAAAACUGGGUCAUUUGUAAAACACCUCAUGUCGUAUGAAAGUUAAAUGUAAAAAGAUAUAUUCCAUUUUGUCCUGCACACACAUAGACUAACUCACUUCAUGAAAGAAGAAGAAAAUUUAAAGGUUUAAAAUCCCUCUUUAGCAUUUUAGUGUCCAGCAAACAUAUAUGUAACAAUGGAUAUGUUUUAAAUUUGCCCUGGAAAAGUUCUGAAAAGUAGUUACCAUUGAGUGCUGAUAUUCAGAGACAAUUAACAUGAUUGAUAUGUUUUAUUCAUUUGUGGACACUAAAAUAGCUCAGGAACGUGAAAAUGUUUUAGACAUACACAAAUCACAUGACCAUUUAAAUGUGCAAAUGUAAGAAGAUUAAAUGUGUUUACAUCAAAUGACAUAUUUUUAUUGAUUUAUUGCAGAUUCAGUGCAUAUGAGCCAAAUUGUUGAGUGUAUAAGAGCUAUAUUGUGUAUUUUAUUAAAUUAAUAUAUAGUUGUGUUGCAAAAAUAUUUGGGCUUAUAUUGUAAAUGGCAAGUGUUGCCUCGGUAGCUGUCGAACUCUAUGAGUUUUGUUUUUUCCUGCUUCCUUUUCCCCAUGGAGUGUUGGAAGCAGUGCCUCAGAGCAAAGUCUCUUGUUUAAUGUAUAGUCUACCAAGUACUACAGUACAUAAUCUGUUCAAAAUGUGUUUGAGUGAGCUGAUGGAGCUAACUGAAAGGUCAAAAAAUACAUCUGUCAGUCACGGUUAUGUGCAAGUCCUUUGUGGAAGCUUUUAUUAAAGUCACGCUAAAUCACAAGAAUUACAUUUGUACCAAUACCUGAAACUUCUUCAUGUUUUUCGAUAACUUGCAGCUUCUGCCUAUGUAGAUAUCAUACUGUUGAUUAGUUCUCAAAAGUAUCCUAAGUGGUUCAAGAUGUGUGUUCCCAUUAUAUUUCAAAACCAUGCAAAAUGCUUUAAUGCAUGUGUGGUACCAGCACUGGUUACUUGCAUUGUGUCGUGUUUUACAAGAGGUCUUGGUCUUAACAAAAGGUUUGCCUUUUUUUUUUUCAGUGCUCUUCUGCCUCUUUUUAUUGGUGUCCUUUGAGAACAAUACACCUAUACUUUCAUUUUGUUGCACCUUUCCUUGUGACAUUUAGCAAGUUUCAAACUUACUUCCAUAUGAGGCUAGGAAACCUCAAAUUUCAGGAAUUGGGAAAAAGUAAAAUUAGCACUUGCAGAAGUAGCAGCAGAUGGGAAAAUGCCUUGAUUGACAUUUUCCUUCAGCAUUUAAAAAUUUUGGCAUUUUACAGCUUCAUGACAAACAGUUUCCAGCCCAUACCUUAGAAUAUGUGGUGCUGAGUUAAAUAAAGGCUGUUUGUGCACUGGAGCAGAAAAAUGCAUUAUUUGCAAACUGGUGGAGAAUUCUGUGCCUUCUUUCCUGGCCACCAAGCCAGUGUAGUAACAGCGUAAAUGUCAUAAAAAUCCUUAUAUCAAAAACAAAAGCAAAAACAAACACAGAGGUGAAUUGAGUUUUGUAAUUUUAAACCUCGAAAAAUCCAACUGAAAAGAUUUCCGUCCAAUGCUGUCAAGAUUUAAGACUGUACCUCGUCUGCAGAACUGCUUUGAAAGGGAAGAGUGGACGACUCCCAUCAGCCUUAUCCUCUUGAGAACUGUAUUUGGUUCCUAGUAACAGCCUUUCCAAAGCUCUACUCUUGGUUUUUAUUAUUCAUAAAUGUUUAAAUUAGAAAAGCAAGGAUCUUGUACAUGUGAAACUUAAUUGACUAUAUUUUGGACAAUUUAUGUAUCUGAAAUGUGUCGUCUCUGUUAUAUGAUGUUAUUUUUUGCCAGGAGACUACAGGUUGAUUUAGCUUGAUAGCUGCAAUUUGAUGGAAAACUGAUUUCCAUUUAGUCUUACCAAGUGUUGCCUCUCUCUUUCUAGACAAUAGCCAAGUAGUAAAAUCUAAGGCAGUAUGUAAAUGAAAUCAACAAAGAGAGUAGGGUUCAUUUUUAAAAUGUUCUUAAUGCUGAGUAACCAGUUGUUCAAUUUAUUAGAGGUGUCUGAAGACAUUAAAACACUAUCAGAUUUUAAGAAUUGGUUGUGCCAACGUGUGAGGGAUUACCUUUAGGCUCUCUGUCACCAGUGAUUUACUAGCGUUAGCUGUUUAACACAUUAUCUGUAUUUAGUGGUGAUUAUUUAUUUACCAGUUGGUGGUAAUUCAGCAGUCAGGACGCUAAGCUUUUAUAGUUGAGUUGAAGGGAAUCUUGCUUUUAUUCAUUUGGCUGGCAACUGCCUUUAUCACAGACCUCUGGUGCUUGGCUUCCAUGGAAGUCUCUGAGAUGCCAAAAUUACCCCUUUGGGGAGCAACUUGCUCUAAGGUGAUGCAGUGAUAUUUCAAGGGGUUUUUGUCACAAUUCAGAAUGUGAAAAAUUAUCUUAAUUCACAUGCUCCAAUUACUAGCCCCUCAAAAAAAUCACACACAAUCAAAAUAAAUAAAAAAAAUACUUUGUCUUUUAGGUCCUUAAAUAACUGUAUCAAGCACAGAAAAAGAAUCUAUAGAAUUUUUCAUAAGAAAGUCAAAGUUCUAAAAAUUGCUUACUGAUGAACUAAAAAAUGUACCGGUAACAAAGCAGUGUUUCCAUUCACUGUUAAUGUGUUAAUGAUAAAAGAUCUUUUCAUCAAAAUUAAAAGUAGUGAGAAUCAGUGUUAGUUGUACCUAUACCAAAGUAAACAUAAAAGAGACGCAUCAUGCAGUUUCAAAGAAUGCUUUCAUGUUAUUUCUUAACCUGGCAUACUUAAUCCUUACUGCAGGCAAUAUGCAAAUAUUGGCUCACUACUCCAUAAAUUAAUUGAAUUCCUGGUUGGGAAAUUGACUUGUUUUGUUUUUUCUAAAUUAGCUGAGAUCUUGUAAAACAUGACUUCCCUUUAAAGGAUCUAGGUACUGCUCAAUUUAAAAAAUGACACCAUAAAAAAGAAAAAAAAAAAAGCAAUGUAGUGAUGGAGCAGUAUGCUUUAUUAGAACCAGGUUAAAAGCUGUUUGUUGCCUAAUGGAGUAGAAGUUGCUGAGGUCAACAAGUAGACUGAGGUUUGGCAUAAUAUAUGCCCACUCAUUAUUGUCUAAUUAUAUUCUUUUGACAACACACAACACUUAUCGGAGCAUUAAUUCAAAUAAGAGUUUUGGCUAUCAAGAUGUGUUGAUUUGAAAUGUAAUUGAAUGAGACCUGAAUAAAGUCUGACUUUCCUGGCUCCGUGUUUCGUAGGUUGGCUAUCCCCAUUUGUCAGCCCCAUCACUCCAUACGGUUCUUAGCUGCACCAAGUGAUUGGUGAACAAGGACAACAAAGCAGCAUACGUUGUAUGGAUUUAUCUCAACGCUAUUGUUUAAUGGCUGUGUUUAAUGUGACCUAUCUGGAAAAUGAGGACUCUGAAUAAAAAGCUAUUACUAAUA